AUGAGCUCAGCAACUCUCGAAACCGUGCGGGUGGUUGUCCCCCUACUUCCCCUCAUCCUCCGCCAGUCCCUCUUACAUGUCCUCCGCCUCUCCGACUCAUCCAAGUACCUCGAUCUUCGAAGUGCACUCAUAAUCGCCUGUCUCCGCGUUAUACUCAUACCCAAAACACCACGUAGUAUAUCUGAGGUUCAACGUCUUACACUUCGCGAUCCCGGUGUCAAGGGUCAUAUCUGGGUUAGCAGAUAUGCCAGUCCACCACCUCCAGAGACCUCAAUCCGCGAUGCCCUCAUCGCCGCCCUCGAACAUGUUGGAGGCUCCACGUGCCGAGUUCCUGUGCCCGAUCUCGUGGAUGUCGAGGCCGAAUGGACCGGCUACCGGAGCAGUGUGACCCGUGGCGCUCCGUUGCCUGACGUGUCGGAACGGGAGCGAUACCACGGCAUGAUGCAAGAGUGCAAGCGUCCAACAACAGUCCUGUACUUGCACGGCGGCGCUUACUAUCUCUGCGACCCGGCAACACAUCGUCCCACAACGAAGAAACUGGCGCAGUUGACGGGCGGUCGGUGUUACUCGGUGCGCUAUCGUCUUGCGCCGCAGCAUCCAUUCCCUGCGGCUUUGCUUGAUGCUUUUGUGUCUUACUUCACAUUGCUGUAUCCGCCGCCUGAUGCUUAUCAUGAUCCUGUGCAACCGGAACAUAUUGUGAUUGCUGGUGACAGCGCUGGCGGCAAUCUUGCCCUCUCGUUACUCCAACUCAUCCUCGAACUCCGCAGACAAGACUCUCCAAUCUUGUGGCACGGCGAGUUGCGCCAGGUUCCCAUGCCAGCUGGCGUAGCACUCAACUCCCCAUGGCUUGAUGUUACACAAAGCUCUCCAACAUGGGAAGCAUCCACGCCAACGCCAUUUGACUACCUCCCCAAGCCCGAGGCCAUGGAAAAGCGCACAACACCUCCAUGUGAAGCCUGGCCGGCUAACCCACCAAGACGGAACAUGUACAUCGCCGACGACCUUGCUGCUCACCCCCUGGCCUCUCUCGUCAUGGCUCGUAGCUGGAAAGGCGCACCGCCCAUCUACCUCUGCACGGGGUGGGAGAUUCUCGCGUACGAGGAUAAGUUCUUCGCGCGCAAACUCGAGGCCGACGGCGUGCGGGUGGUGUUUGAGGAGUACGAGGGUAUGCCGCACUGCUUCGCUAUGAUGCUGAGCAAUGCUCCCGCCACGCCACGGUGCUACGAUGGCUGGGCGGCAUUUAUACGUGCGGCAGUGGAAGACCCCGAUAGUAUUGAGUCGAGUGCUGUCAUGAUCAAGGGAAAGACAUGCGAGGAGGUGCCAUUGCGAUUCGACGAAUUGAGUGAUGCUUCAGAAGAGGAUAUGCAGCGGAGAGUAUUGCGGAAGACUGGUUUGGAAGAUCUACUGCAUGAGGGGCCUAUAUCUAAGCUUUGA